AUCAGAAAAAUUGUAAGUUUGUAGUUCAGUGUAAUAGUUUCCUAUUUCUUACAAUUUUCUGCAUGCGACCCUUAUCCCAUUAACAUUUUACGACGGCUCGUUUAAUUUCUUUUAUCAUCCAAAAAUAGACUUAUAGUUAUGUCGAAGAAUUACAUAAAUGCGCUAUUGAAGCCUUUUCGUGAGAGUAAAGUUAUCGAAAGCUUACUGAAAUUGUUCGAGUCGGGGACGAAUAAACCCUCCGGAGGGGUUGGGAGUGCGAAAAAUGAGGUCCCGGCGGGCCGAGCUGGUACCGCUCAGUACAGCACGGGAGUACGGAAGGUGACCCUUAUUCCCGGCCACGGGAUCGGGCCGGAGAUCACUGUAGCCGUUCAGAAAAUAUUCGAAGCUGCCAAAGUUCCGAUUGAAUGGGACGAGGUGGACGUCACAGCUGUUAGAGGACCAGAUGGCAAAUUUGGUAUACCUCAGCGGGCAAUCGACUCUGUCAAUGAAAACAAGAUUGGUCUGAAAGGGCCAUUAAUGACCCCUGUUGGAAAGGGCUACCGCUCUCUCAACUUGGCACUCCGUAAGGAGUUUGACCUCUAUGCUAACGUCAGGCCCUGCAAAAGUUUAGAUGGAAUCAAAACCCUAUAUGACAACGUAGACGUAGUCACGAUCAGAGAGAACACCGAGGGUGAGUACUCCGGCAUCGAGCACGAGAUCGUGGACGGCGUGGUGCAGUCCAUCAAGCUGAUCACGGAGGAGGCCAGUAAGAGGGUGGCGCAGUUCGCCUUCCAGUUCGCGAGGGACAACAAGAGGAAGAAGGUGACGGCCGUCCACAAGGCUAACAUCAUGCGAAUGUCAGAUGGUCUGUUCCUGAGGUGUUGUCGUGACCUUGCGACUCAGUACCCGGACGUCAAGUUUGAGGAGCGGUACCUCGACACCGUUUGCCUCAACAUGGUCCAGGAUCCUUCCAAGUUCGAUGUUCUGGUGAUGCCGAACCUGUACGGAGACAUCAUGUCGGACAUGUGCUCGGGGCUGGUGGGCGGCCUGGGCCUCACGCCCUCCGGCAACAUCGGCAAGAACGGCGCGCUCUUCGAGUCCGUGCACGGGACGGCGCCCGCCAUCGCGGGGCAGGACAAGGCCAACCCCACGGCGCUGCUGCUGUCGGGCGUGAUGAUGCUGCGCCACCUGCAGCUGGCCGCGCUGGCCGAGCGCAUCGAGGCGGCGUGCUUCGCCGUGCUGCGCGAGGGCCGCGUGCUCACCGAGGACCUGGGCGGCGCCAGCUCCUGCACGCAGUACACCGCCGAGAUCAUCAGCAAGCUGCACUAGGCCCGCCUCCGCUCGGCGCGUUGGACGAGAGCGACCCCGUCGACGUCCUAUGUAGGACUGUAAAUUGACACAAAAUUAUUCAAUAUCAUUUUCAGAAGCAUCGUACGAUGGUAAUGUUAUGUUCUGGUACUUUAUAUUUAAACAUACGAAUAAUACUAAAUUUUUUAAUCGAUUUAAAAAACAGUAUUAUUUUUAUACUCGUAUAAGAUAUGAGUUUUAAGUUAUUUAUGUUUAAUUAUAAAAAAAGUAGUAGUUAACUUUGUUAAAGUGUAUAUGAGGCAAUGUAGCGACGGAAGCUGAGUAGAUGAUUAGCUAAACUAGAUCAAUUGUAAAUUUAUUAUUAAAUGAAAUAGUUUUUUGUUGUCAUGUAUUGUAAAAUGUGCGAUUGUCCAUUAAACAUUUCGUAGUGGAAAGAUCUGUUGGGUCAGUGAUUUCCAACAUUUGC